AUGGCGACAGGCGACGACUUCACAAAAUCUAUCGCUGAAGGAUCAGAGGAGAUUUUCGACAAGUGUUGCUCUCCGUGCUCGGAAUCUGGAAUGACAAAAGAAGCGGAUAAAUUCUGUGUUGAGUGUGGAUCAUAUUUCUGUGCUAAAUGUUUGCUGUAUCAUAACAAAUUUCCGGUGUUAAGACCGCACCAGAUCGUAGACAAGUCCGGACAAAACAAUCGAAAUGAAAACUUCGAAACUGGGACGAGUCUUCCGACAGAGCGAUGUUCAAUGCACCAUGGAAAGUUGGUUGACAUGUUCUGUAAAGAUCAUGACGAAGUGUGCUGUGCAGUUUGCAUUGCUAUAAAACACAGGGCAUGUGUAAAUGUUGACUAUCUGCCCGAUGUUUCAAAAGGUAUACGAGACAGUACAGAGUACAAUGACACAAAAUAUUCACUUCAAAAUAUUCUGUCCAAGAUGAAACAGAAAAGAGAAACAAGAAAACAUAAUCUGAGUUAUCUUCAGAAGCAAAAGGAUGAACUAUUAGAAGACGUAGACAGCUUCCAAGAACAACUGAUAAAAAAGAUAAAAAAGCUUGCCGACACUUCAAAGAAGCAAAUUGGUGCGAAGUAUGAAGAUAGUAAGAAAGUCAUACAGUCAGAUUUAGAUACUCUAGAUACUGUUAUUUCAACAACGACAACCAGUGAACAGAAAUUGUCCAGUAAAAACGAAGCGCAAUUGUUUGUAAAUAUUAAAACAAGCAAAGUUUCUAUAAAAAGUUGUGAGGCACUUUUGAGUGACAUGUCAAAAGUUAAGACAAAUGAGGAACUGGUAUUUACGUUAAAUCAAGAACUGAAGGAAACUCUCAAGUUGCUGGGGUGUUUAGUUGAUUUUGAUCCUGAAGUUUUUCCAUUUUCAUCGGUGGAAUGCAUAGAGUGA